AUGCUCGCCAACCGGUGGAUGAGCGCACAAGCUCGACGAGUUGUCGAUACAGCCUUGUCACCCACUGCAACGCCCAUAGAUAUCAACGAGGAGGAGGAGGCAGGAGAGCUAGUGGUAAAAGGAAGAGACGACAAGGCAGCUGUAACCCUUCCGCUGCGCGCGACGAGCCCCAAUUCCACGCGAUCAAGGAUGAACAUGGUGUUCUCCCCGUCGAACGCCAGCUCAGACGGCGGCACGGCGAUCACGCCGAACAUGUUUGCGCAGGGCCAGCGCGGCACAUUGACACUCUCGAUGUCGACGACAACGCGGGAUAACACGUCGCUUGCAUGCGACGAGCCCCAACUCCACGCGAUCAAGGAUGAACACGGCGUUCUCCCCGUCGAACGCCAGCUCAGACAGCGGCACGACGAUCACGCCGAACAUGUUUGCGCGGGGCCAGCGCGCGACGACGACGCAGGAUAA